AGCUAGUCUAGAUCUACAAUCUAGAGUAGACAUCUAGAAUCUAAAAGUAGUGACUAGACUUAGAUCUAGAUCUAGAUCUAUAUAUAUUUACUAGAUUAUCAUAUAAUCUUACAGUAUUCUUACAAUACUAGUCUAGAGCUUGCUUUUGAUUAAUUUGAUUUAAAGAAUGCAACCAUCAAUUUUUGGCGCGAAUAAUACAAAAUCUUCUGGGCCUGAAUCAGCUUUUACUGCAUUUGGAAGUCCAAAGCUUCAAUCAGGACCAACUUUUGGUGGAACUCAAUUUGGGAACCAGGCAAACUCAGUUUUUGCAGGUGGAACAUCUGUGCGGUCUUUAUUCGGAGGUGGCAGCACUGAAAAUAGUUUCAAUCAAACUCAGCCACCAGCUUCCACCGCACAUGUUUCUUUUGGUCUUCAGCAAAACUCUGUAUUUGGUGGUAAGACAACCGAUUCUUUAUUUGGGAGAUCAUCUUCUGAAGUAGCUCAGACAAGCUCUGUUUUUGGUGGAUGUCAAUCUGUCAGUUCUUUUGUUAAUAAUCAGUAUGCACCUUCACAACCUAUGUCAGGCUUUGGCAAUACACAACAAACUUUAUCUUUUGGUAGUUCUCAGCCACAAGGUUCACAUUUUGGUGCUACACAGUCUGGAACAUCUUUUGGCAGCACACAGGGAAGCUUAUCCUUUGGUGGUGCACAGUCAGGCUCAUCUUUUGGCAGCAGUCAGCCAAGUUUAUCUUUUGGUAGCACACAGUCAGUCUUAACGUUUGGAGGAUCUCAGGCAUUUGGUAAUAGUGCAUCCUUUGGUAGUACACAAGCUGGGUCUUCCUUUGGUACUAAUCAGCCAUCCUCUUCAUUUGGUAGUGCUCCACCAACCUCUAGCUUAGCUUUUGGAAAUACAUCUACAGUGGCACCUUUUGGAAGUACACAGUCUGGUACAGUUUUUACUAGUACUCCAUCAUGGGGAUCCUUUGGUAAUCAGGCCAGCACUUCAUUUGGUAACACUCAGCCUGGAUCAUCUUUUGGUAGCACCCAAACUAGGACUUCAUUUAGUAGUACACAGCCUAACAAUCAGUCAGGUAAUCCUUUUGGUAGCUCUCAACCUGGGACUUCUUUUGGCAGUAUCCAAUCUGGCACUUCAUUUGGUAGCAAUGAGGCUAACAGUCAGUCUGGCAAUAUAUUUGGUAGCACUGAAUCUAGCAGUCAGUCAAGCAAUAUUUUUGGUAGUACACAGAAUGGGUCAUCAUUUGGUACUCAAUCUAGUACUCAAUUCGGAAGCUCUUUGCCUAGCAGUCAGUUAGGCAAUCUUUUUGGAAGUACCCAGUCUGGAUCAUCAUUAGGUAGUAUUCAAUCAGAAAAUCCUUUUAAAAACAAUCAAUCAGCCUCUCUAUUAGGUAGAAAUACAGUAGUUACUCCUUUUGGGAAUAUUCAGCCUGGAUCUUCCUUUGGAAGCACUCAGUCAAGUGAUUUAUUUGGAAGCACUCAAUCUGGUACUCAAUUUGGCAGCAAUCAGUCUGAAAGUUCUGUAAAUAAACCAUUUGGUAGUACUCAAAUGGGAUCAUCCUUUGAUAGCCCUAAGUUUGGAAGCAGUCAGACUGGCAAUCCAUUUGGUAAUAGUCAAACUGGGUCAUCAUUUGGUAGCAAUCAAUCAGGCAAUGCCUUUGGAAGUACUCAGGUUGGGGCAUCCUUUGGUAGCACUCAAGGCAAUACCUUUGGAAGUACUCAGACAGGGUCAUCCUUUGGUAGCACUCAAGGCAAUACCUUUGGAAGUACUCAGGCAGGGACAUCUUUUGGUGGCACUCAAGGCAAUACCUUUGUAAGUACUCAGGCUGGGACAUCAUUUGGUAACACACAAUCAGGCAAUACUUUUGGUACUACUCAGUCUGGGCCAUCCUUUGGUAGCACUCAAUCAGGCAAUCCCUUUGGGAGUACUCAGGCUGGGCCAUCAUUUGGUAGCACUCAAGGCAACACCUUUGGUGGUACUCAAUCAGUUACAACAUUUGGUAACACUCAGGGUGGGUCAACUAUAGUUAGCAAUCAGUCUGGCAAUCAAUUUAAUAGCACUUUAUCUGGGGAUCAGAUUGAUGGCACUCAGUCAGGGGCAAUUUUUGGUAGCACUCAGCCUAAGAUCUCAUUUGGAAAUACCCAGAAUAACAAAUCUGUUUUUGGAAGUACAGAGUCUGGAACAUCAUUUGGAAGCACACAGUCUGGGUCAUCCUUAUGGAACAUUCAGUCUAGUUCUUUAUUUGGGAAUCAAAGUUCAGGUUCAGCUAAAUCACAGUCAGGCUCUUUGUUUGGUAGAGAUAUUCUAGAGUCUGCUUCAGAUAACACUAAAGGCAACUCACAGUCUUCUACAGUCAUAUCCAACUCACUUGGAGUCACUGCUGAAAUGCAGUCCUCAUCUUUUAUGGGAAAUAAGUUAGAUUUCUCUGUUGGUGGGUCACCUGCUUCUGCUUUGGGGCAAACUAAAUCAUCUUUUAGUGGAAUGCAGUCUGAAGCCAUUUCUGAUGUUCCACAUAAAGUCAGUACUUUUGGUGGUAUAGGAACACAGCCAGAUUCUCCACAUGCUCAACCAUCAUUAGAAAACAAUCAAGAUUUCACAGGGGUUAGAAUUAAGGCAACUUCACUUUUCUCUAAAUCUGGACAACCACCCUCCAUUUUUGGAAGUAAUACAGUUCCAGCUGGUUCCCAGAAUACUGUCUCCCCUAAUGUCUUCAGCAGUACUAUCCCAAAAUUAGACAGCCAAUCACAGGCUAAUCUGAGAAAAAGACCAGCUCAUGAUUCUCAAGGGGAUGACCCAUUGUUUGGCAAGCUGCCUGCAUCAGGUUUCACAACAUCAACGGAUGAAUCACAAAUGUCAACCUUAGUCAAACCAAGUGAGAAGACAAUGUCUCCGGGAAAGAAAAGUGACACUGAGAGACCACUGAAAAAUAAGACCUUGUUUGGAAAAGGAGAAAGUCAACCCCAAGGCUCAGCUAGUGCAAAUAAUAAUAAUUUGUUCUCAACUACCCAGUCACCCAAAAAAGACACCUCAGAAAGAACUACUUUAUUUGGAAAUUCAUUAAAGCCUAUAAAUCUUUUUGGAAAAGAAAGCUUUGCACCACAACCAUCAGAAACAAAAAUGAGUAGAGUAACCUCAAGUUUUAAUUUACAAGUACAAAGUAAUGAUGAUAAUUUAUCUCAGGAAAGCACAUCAAUCAAAGAACAAUCACGAAAAGCCUUACAGAAAAGGGGUCGACUCUCUAAUUGGAGCAAAGACAAAAUCAGUUCAGACAGGCGAAAGCGAUCCUCUUCUGUUGGUGAAGGGGAAGCAAGAGAAACUAAAAGAUCAUGUGCAUCAGGUGAACCCAAUUCCAGUUCAACUGUAAGUCGUUCUAGACUAGCUUCACAACGAAAAUAUGCUGAUGACCUCACAUCAAAAACAACUUUGGUUUUGAAAGAUAUCCCAACUGAGUUAAACAAAGGUGUCUUUUUGAGAACUCACUUUUCAAAAUUUGGGAAAAUUACUAAGCUUCUUUCAAUGCCAAAUAAAAGGACAGCUAAUAUUACAUUUGAAACACAUGAGCAAGCAGAUCUUGCAAAAAGAGAGGGAAAACGAUUAAAAAGUAAAGGUCCUGUAGUACCUAUUUUCUGGAGGUCCACUUCUGUCAAGUCACCAGAAAAUAAAAAAGGAGGUGAGACAACUAAAGACCUUACAACUACAAAAAAAUCUGCUUUUGGGAGCUCUGUGGAGGAUGAGCUGGCAAGCAUGGCAGAAACUUGUGAUUUUGAAGAAGAACUUACCACUGAACGUACUAAGACUCGAUCUAGGAGACAUUCUCCAACACCCCCUCCAACUGUGAGUUUACCAGGUCAAAUGACAUCAACUGUGCCAGACAUUGAGACUGUCAAAGAUUUAUUGAAAAAAAUUUACCAUGCAAAGGCAAAGGACACAUCAGGGAGAAUUGAAAUUCUUGAUGCUAGGGACAAACUACUUCGAAUAUUAAGAGGAAGACAACAAUCUGAUCUGGCGUCAGCCAAAGCCUUUUCUGGAACCUGUCCUGAUAUGUGCCCUGAGAAAGAGAGAUAUUAUAGGGAGGACAUUAGGAGGCUGGCUCUUUAUGAAGUGAUACCCUCCACUUUGACUAGUAUUACUGGCCAGAAGUCUAAAGUGGAUCACAGUCGAGCUGUCAAAGAAUACAGUAGAUCUUCUGCUGAUCAGGAAGAGCCACUGCCACAUGAACUUCGCCCACUACCUGUUCUGGUACUUACUAUGUACUAUUUAUUGUCCCAAGUAGCUGACCAGGGAGGAGAUGGACAGUGGUCAGAGUGGUAUGAUUUCUUGUGGGACCGUACUCGAGGAAUAAGAAAAGAUAUCACACAACAACAACUGACUGAUGUUUUAGUGGCAGAGCUGUUAGAGAAAUGUGCCAGGUUUCACAUCAUCUGCUCGGAAAGACUCUGUGAAGAAGAGCCAAAUACCUUUGACUCGAAGAUCAAUAAUGAAAAUUUGACCAAGUGUCUACAAACGCUGAAAGAGAUCUAUGCUGACUUAGAAAAAAAGCAGAUAUACUGUCCUAAUGAGGCAGAGUUCAGAGGUUACAUGGUACUAAUGAAUCUUAACGAGGGAGACACAAUGAGGGAAAUUCAACAACUUCGCCCAGAAGUUCGAGACUCAGAGCCAAUACACUUUGCAGUAAAAGCCUACAAUGCUGUGAACUCCAACAAUUAUGUGAGAUUUUUCCGUCUGAUUAAAGGAACAUCUUUUCUCAAUGCUUGCAUUCUUCACCGCUAUUUUAAUCAGAUUCGAGUCAAGGCUCUAAUCAUCAUUAUGAAGGCUUUCAACCGCAUUAACAGAAUGUUCCCAAUUCAAGAGCUUACUAGACUGUUAUGCUUUGAAAAUGAAUCUGAGACCAAAGAAUUUUGCCACAAUUACUGUCUGAGUUUUGAAGGUAAUGAUAUUGUCUUGGACUCCAAGACAUUUGCUGAGCCAGAAAUGUCUCUUUCACUGAGGAGGUCUCAGACUCUUGUUGAAACAAAACUGAAAACAUCAAUUGGUGAGGCUAUCAACGGUUGCCCGCUGCCAGUGCUCAAUCUCCGAAGUCCAUCUUCUAGUUUUGACCCAGAGGGAAUGUUUAUCAUCACUCCAGACAUCCAGGAAGCUCUUGCAACAAGUGGCUUGCUUGCCCCAAGGCUUGCUGUACAGGAAGUUUCAGAAGAACAAACUAAUGAACCUGAAAACUCACAACAGACUGUUGCUGAAGCUUCUUUUCGAACAGUAGCAGUAAAGAGAGAAAACAUUACAGUAUCUAAUGAUGUGAUUAAAAGUUUGACCAGGACUUUGAUCUUGGAAGUAAUUGAUAAGAACAUAAAAGACAUGGCCACAACAGUUUCCAUUGGGCACUCAAUCUUAUUGAAUGAAGUUGAUAACAUUGUUGAUGAUGUGGUUGUUAGCAUGGGCAGAUCAAUCUGUAAGGAAGUGAUAGAAGAAGAAGAAACGUUUUUAAGGUUGGCCCUAGAGGAGGAAAGAAAGAAACUAAAAGAAUAUGAAAUGUCUUCAGUCUGCGAUGAGCUGGUUAGCAGUACAGUGGAGACUUUGAUCCAAGAUAUUGCCUUAGAUGAAAUGAAACUGGUAAAUGGUGAGCUGUUAAGACAGUGCCAGGCAAGAAGCAGCUCAGAGUACAGUCAGGAGCUUUUAAACUCUGUUCUGACAGAAAUGAUUGCCAGUAUCUCCCAAGAGGUUUUUGAAGUAGAUGUUGUGGCAAAGAAUGAAAGACUCAAGGCUACAGCUAGAUGUGUCCAGUUGAUAACAUGCAGGAAAUUUUUCCAGUGCUGGAAAUCCAAGUACAUCUCCAAGAUUAAGGUACAGCGUGCCAUGCUGGAUUUUCCAAGUGCUCCCCCAGCCAUCUCUAUCAGUGAACAGUUACAGAAGCUGGUGCCUGCAAGGAAAGACAAGAAGAUUUCUGAGAAAUCAUUUUACAUUGGUGACAGGGCUAAGCUUACUAUUGCAUCACCAAUGAAAAUAAUACAAGAGCAAUUAUACUUAACAACUCAUUUAACUAUGGCGUCUGCAAGAAAGAUGCUGGCUAGCCUGUUGAUGUGGAAUCCCCUGGACUUGUCAUCUAUUGUUGGUCCUACACUUAAUACUGCUGUUCAAUUUUGGUUGUCAGAGAAACUAGUUGAUCCAGAUACACUCCAACCUCAAUGGAAACUUCUUGUUUCUCUACCAGAGAAACAGCUAGAGGAUGUGUCAGUUUUUCAUAAAUGGAUUCGAGCCAAACUCUGUAAAAACAAUGCAAGAGACACAAUCUUAGAGACCUCGCCAACUUAUCAGGGCCAGGUUCUUACAUUGCACCAUAUCAAUCCGUUUAACAGUAACUCUGUCGUAACACCUAUAGGUGUUUGCAUACGUUGUUUUCAUGGAUGCUGGAAUGAUACACAAGAGAUUGAUGUCCAGAGGAAAGAUUUACUGAAGGGCACCAAUGCUGUACUGUUCAUAACAUCCAUUGCAGAAGAGUUGUCAAAGAAAUCCCAGCUCAUGGCAUGGACUAAAGAUAAAAAGCGCCUGCAUCAAAUACUGCUUCAAAAAAGAAAGAGUCCAGCCCUCCCUUUAGUUGUGAUUGUACCAAGACUAUCAGAGCAAUGUUUUGUUACUAUGUCAAUGCUAGAUGACAUGUUGGAACUGACUUCAUUGUAUGACCAAGACCUCAUUAGUGCAGUUCAUCUGGCAGAACCUUUUAUAGGCUCUGAGGAACAACACUUGGUGAAUUAUCAAGACUGGACAUCACAGCUGACCAAUAGCUUGAAGUUUACUGUCAAUAAUUUACCAUUAGCUCCAAAACUGCGAGCUAAACCAGUCUCUGAUGCUGUGGAGGAUGCAGUCGUGGAGUUUUAUAAAGCUCCUGUCUUUCAAGAUUUACGCACGAGAAGCAAACAUCAAAAACUACACCAGUCACCCAACACUUUGCUGACACUGUACAACGCUGUGAUUGAGCAUGUUUCUAUGGUGACUGCAUCAGGUUCACUCUCUGACAUCUCAUGGCCAUCACCAGAAUUUGACCAGCACAGUAUUUCUGCUAAUUUCAUACCAUCUACUUGGAACAGUGAAGAGCACAUGUGUAACUUGUAUGAACUUAUUGGCAAAUUGAGGUUACCAUUGUUCCGCUAUAGUGAUAUGGAAACCGAGGAUUGGUCAACAGUGUGUCAGGAUGUUUGGGCUUAUGUUAAUUCACUCACUAAAAAAGACAGCGGCUCAGCUAAACUUUGUUUGUUUCACCAAGUGGCUGAUCUGCUGUCCAAAGUCAAGAAAAACUUUGACCAGUUUUGUUGGCUAGCAGAAGAGUGCGGGCCCUGUGAACCAACCUAUGUCAAUAUGGCCUGGACUGACCUGAUUGAUGCAUGUAUACAUUACAGACUGGUGUCUCUGCGUACAGGACAUGUGGAGAUCAGAAAACCUGAAAAAGCUGAAGACGAGGAAGUUGAAGACUAUGAGGAGCCUAUGGUUUACUACAUAGAGAGUGAAUUGGAAGAUUGGCAACCACCAGAAGUUUGGCUUGAUGCUGUAAGGGAUACAGAACAAUCAGAAAAGGGACAGAUAAAAGGCACAGUUUUGAAAGCCAAAUCUUUCAAAGAGGAAAGUCUUGUAGAGUCAUCUGAGAAUGCUAUAUCCAUGUCACACACAGUUGCAAAGCCUGCUAACCAGAUUCCUUCAGCUGAGUGGAAGACUCUGAAAGAUCAGUUUGAGCAAGAGCGCAAGAGGGCAGCAAAGUUGGAAGAGACUUUACAGUCACUGCUGUCUGAAUGUAGGCCUGAAGUAUAUCCCAAAACUCCUUCCUUUCUUCAAGAUGUGACACCCAUUGUGAGUUUAGGUCAUCUAUCAACGUGUACCCUUAAAGCUGAUAAUUUCAUGUCUGCAACUCCCAACAGAAACAAAGAUUCGUUGAAGAAAACACAUUCAGACUCCCUUCCUGUUAAGUUGUCAACUCUAAAGGCCAAUCCAAAUAGUUCAGUCCUCACAGAGCGAUCCUCCAACAGCAUUACAGUAACGAAUUUGUCAUCAAGAUUAGAUUGUCAGCUGUCCACACCAACUCUUAGUAACAAAAUGAUCAAACUUCAGGAGCAACUACAAAGUCAGAAAGAAGCAGACGCAUUUUUUGAACUCAAUCUCAGAAAGUUACUCAAUCAAUAACUUUGUUUCAUAAAGUAUUUUGUUGUUUGGAAAUACUUUGGCUUGUCAUUAGAAAUGAAAUGAAAAUGUGUAUGAAACUUGACUGACUAGAGACUUAACUGUAGAUAGUUACAAACAAAUCAGAAGGCUACAAGGUCAGAAUUAUUGGAGGAACUUGAAAUGUUUUUAAUUAGCUGUUAAGUUUCUAGUUACAAAAAGAAUAAAUAAUUCUCUCUUGGCUACUUUGAGUAUCAUUCAUUUGAAAUUGUAACAUGGUUGGGCACUUUUCUAGCAGUGAGUCUCAAACAGUGCUCCCCUAACGCAAAUUUUUUUUUUACAUUUUAAAAAUGAUACUGUUAAAGGAAACUAUAACAGUAUAGAUUUAGAGCAAACCAGAUGUAGAUGUACACACUUAAGAGAAAGUUUGAAUUCAAUACACAAAUAUUUCCGUCUACUGUACCUAAGAGACUGACUACAGAGUAUAAGCUGCUUUACAUGAAGUAUCAACUAACCUAGAGCUGAUUGGGCACUUCAUGCAACAGGAAAUCUAACACUUGUUCUAUUAGCAUUACUUAGUUUCUAUUUGUUCUGCAUCAUGGUUGAAGUCCACAUUGCUAUUUCUAUCUAUGUACAUUUUUGUAUGUCCAUUUUAAAAUUAAAUUUUGUAAUUUUUUUUGUCUCUGUUCACAAUGUGCAGAAUUUGUUGAAUCAAGUUUUUUCUUUGUAUAUAA